CCACGUGGGAGGACCAGGUUACACCCCUGCUUAUCAGCUGCUUCCCAGCUUCCUCUGCCUGAAUUCUUGAGGGCCUGAAGGUCUUGGAACUGGCUUAUGCACAUGGCUUCCUGAUCUCAGAUAAUGAGAGGAAAUGAGAUCACGGGCACAGAGAAAGCUACAGAUUUUAGGUUGCAGCUCCAGCCUCUACUCCCUGACCUGUGAUGUACAUCUGUCUGUCUCCCUCCAGGCAGCCCGUGACUAUUCCCCUGGAAACCGUGGACCCCAUCUGAGAUGUCUUAUUUUGGUUGCUGGGGCCUGCCCAUGGCCCUUCUCACCCUACUUUGCUGCCCAGGGUCUGCUGAGGCAUUUGAGGUCUACAUAGAGUUUGAGAAGCAGGUGGUAGAGGCCACUGAGUCUUUGAAAAUCAACUGCAGCACCAGCUGUGCUGAGCCAGAACUGGGUGAUCUGGAGACCCACCUGGUUAAAACAAUGUUGGACCAGCAUCCUAAAGGGAGGUGGAAGCUGUUCCUAGUCUCAAAUGUCUCCCAGGACACCGUCUUCCUCUGCCACUUCACCUGUGCCCAGAAGCAGCAGUCAAGGGAACUCCGCAUCAGAGUGUACCAACCUCCAACAGAGGUUACACUGACACUGUGGCCCCAGAGGGUGCUGUUGGGUGAAGCCUUCACCAUUGAAUGUAAGACAUCAGCUGUGAAGCCCCUUGAGAGCCUCACCCUCACCUUGCUCCAUGGCAAGAAGAUCCUGCAGAUCCAGACCUUUGAGGACUCUGAGCCUACCCUCCAAGAAGUCACAGUCACAUUCAACAGCACAGUUUCGACAAAGGACAGCCUCAACUUCUCCUGCCAGGCUGAGCUGGACCUGCGGCCUUAUGGCGAGAACAUCACUCACUGUAUCUCAAAGUCUCAGCUCCUGGAUGUCUAUGUGCUAAUGCCGGACAACCAGAUGGUCAUCAUCAUCGUGGUCGUGUCAGUACUGCUGCUUUUGUUUGUGAUGUCUGUCCUGCUGUGCUUUAUUUUCGGCCAGCACUGGCACAGGAGGCGGACAGGCACCUAUGGGGUGCUAGCUGCCUGGAGGAGGCUGCCCCGGGCCUUCCGAACGCGUCCCGCAUGAACUGACACGGCCAGUCCCCUGGUGGCUGCUGGAAUUCAGCAUGGCUCCUUCAGGGUAUGGUCCAGCCUUAGCUGAAGGACUGACAGCAGCAUGAGACUCUGGGGACGUUUUCUUCUUUAACCUUAAUAUAAACACUUGGAUUUAA